AACAGAUAUGAAGCUAUUUAAGAGUAGUUAGAUUGGUUUCAAUUUCAAGUCUCUCCCCGAGAAGUAAGAUUGAGUAGUGAGUAUGGAGAUUCUAUUAUUUGUGAUUUCAUGCCUGCUAAUUUUCACAAAUUAUCAGCAGCUCUACUGUUCAGCGGUUGAAGCACAGAAUUUGGAAUAUCCAUAUCCGUUUAUGACAGCAGAUGCUGCAAAGGCAGCUGCAAGAACAUAUGAUUACAUUGUGGUUGGAGGAGGUACAGCGGGUUGUCCUCUGGCAGCAACACUGUCACAGCACUAUUCAGUUUUGCUAUUGGAGAGAGGAGACUCCCCCUAUGGAAAUCCCGACAUUGAAGCCGUAAAAGGCCUUUUAAAGAUUAUUGGGGAUCCCGCUAAAUACCCAUUUGUCGCUGAGGGAUUUCUCUCAGAAGAGGGAGUGCAGUUGAUAAGGGGAAGAGUUCUGGGAGGUGGAACAGCCAUUAAUGGUGGCUUUUACAGCAGGGCAAGCGCGGAAUUCAUUCGAAAGAUGGAGUGGGAUGAGAAACUUGUUAACGAGUCCUAUGAAUGGGUAGAGGAGGUUGUUGCCUUCAAACCAGACAAGCUUUCUCGUUGGAAUUCUGCUUUCCGUAAUGCACUUUUGGAAGCUGGAGUGCUUCCUUAUCAUGGGUAUACUGUGGAUCAUUUUGAAGGCACCAAGAUUAGCGCUUCAACUUUUGACAACAAUGGAAGGAGACACACAGCUGCAGAUCUUCUGCGAUAUGCGAAUCCAGAUAACAUUGUAGUUCUUCUCAAUGCCACAGCCAGCAAAAUCCUAUUCGAUUCCUCAUCAGGAAAAUUACACGCUAUUGGUGUGGAGUUUGUGAGUACCAUUGAUGGCCUUCUUCAUCAAGUAUUCACCAAUCACUUAUCACCUUGGAGUGAGGUAAUUUUGUCAACAGGAAGCAUAGGUAGUCCUCAACUUCUCAUGCUAAGUGGAGUUGGCCCCUCAGAACAACUUCAAGAAUUGAAUAUCACUGUAUAUUUAGAUUUGAACUUAGUGGGGAAAGAAAUGCAAGAUGCACCACGGAUAACAACCCUUAUCAAGUCCCCUGAACCACUUGACAUUGCUCAACCACAAAUAGUUGGUAUAUUAGAGAAUUCACAAGUCUACAUUGAGUCUUUUAGCUUUUUUCAACAAGAAAGUGCCACUGAAUAUCAGUAUCUAGCUUGUAUUUUGACCAAGUUGGCUUUACCCCUAUCUAGGGGUGAUCUUAGACUUAGAAGUAAAAACCCACAAGAUAUCCCCUUUGUAAGAUAUAACUACCUCUCUCAUGCUUUUGAAGUAGAGGGUUGUAUUCAUACUGUUAAGAUGUUGUCAAAUCUUGUCAAGACACAUUCUAUUCAAGAAUUUACAUUUGGAGGCAAUGGUAACUCCAAAAUCCUUCAAUUCGUAGGGCCGGAAUUACCUCAAAAUCUACUAGACAAUAAAGAAUUGGAAAAGUUUUGUAGGGAUACAGCAGAAUCAUUUUGGCAUUUCAAUGGAGGAUGUGAAUUUGGUUCUGUGAUAGACAAAAACUUUCAUGUGAAAGGCAUUGAUAGCCUAAUGGUUGUGGACAAUUCAAUCUUCAAGGAUAGCCCUGGGACAUAUCCACAAGCAACUCUCAUGAUGCUUGGAAGAUAUGUGGGAGCUCAUAUUCUUCAAAAGCGUACACACAUCUGUGAAUCUUAGACCAUUUCCAUGUUUUAAAAGAUAAUGUCAUCACAAAGAUGGAGCAAGAUCAUUUUUAUUAUGAAAAAUGUAUUGGUUCUUAGCUAGUAUCAUACUGGGUACAUAUCAUCUCUAUGAUUCCCACCUCUAUAGGGAGACUACUCAUCAAUAUUUUGAUCAUUUUGAUAUGACACUAGGACCUUAUGUUGAUGAUAUUGUUAUUUUAUGUGAUUGGACUCUGAUUUGGCACUUGGUUAGACAGUAAUAAUAUGCAUUCUC